AUAUGUUUGGAGCCACAAUAAAAAAAUUAUUAUAAUUAGUUUUGUUAAAAAGCAAAUAUUCGGCCUAGAGUUCAGUCAUUCGAACGAAAGUUACGCGAACAAACGAAAUUGGGUUUGAAAAGCAAAAGAAUUAAAUAUUUCUUUAAACUGCGAGAAAUUGUACAAUAACAAUUUAUAAUAAUAAUAAAUUAAUUAAUAAUUAAUUACAUAUAUUCAGAUACGAAAUUAAAUAAUCAGUUAAAAACAAAAAAUUGUGAAAAUGGGUUGGUGCGAAUUUCUUGUAAAAUGGUUGCUAUAUUUUUUUAACCUGCUCGCAGUGAUAGUUGGCAUCCUACUCAUCAUACUCGGCAGUCUUGUUCUCGAUGGCAUGGGUGAUCUAAAAUCGGACAGUAAUGUCGAUUAUACCAAUGUCGUACCCAUUAUUGUUAUAGUACUGGGUGGUGCCAUAUUUAUUGUGUCCUUCUUCGGCUGCUGCGGCGCACUCAGGGAUAUCAAUUGGUGUAUUCUAUUAUACUCGCUUUUCAUGUUCAUACUGAUGUGUCUGCAGAUUGCACUUGUCGUUUGGUCUUUUGUGGAGAAGACAGAUUUCCUCAACUCCAUGAAUAACAUUGUUCAUAAUGCGUUUGAGAAUAGAAAUUACGAUGCUGACAACCCUAUGAAUAUACUACAGAUUACAUUCAGCUGCUGUGGAUACAAUAACUACACCGAUUAUACCAGCACCGUGCCACCGUCCUGCUGUGGUUUUGUGCAAACGGAUGCUCCGUGUCCAGCGGUCAUUUAUGAUACUAAACCGGGUUGCCAAUCGGUGUUUUAUAACUUUUGGUACGAUAAUUUAGGUUAUGUGCGAAUUGGUGGCAUUGUGGUGGUUGUUAUAGAAUUCUUGGCUUUAAUAUCUGGUUGUGGUCUGGCGGGAUGCGUACGAAAGGCGGAACGAAGAAAUAUAGCUUAGAGAAUUUGCUCUACAUCAAUAGUUAAUUAUUUAUUUUAAU